UGGGCGGGUGAGCCAGAGCCAUCGCCUGCGGGCCGGGGGUCCGGCGGGGCUCGGCCCUCAGGGGCGUGUCCUCCCGUCCCGGGCGCAGCCGCCCGGAUUGACGGGCUGCGGUGCUCCCGGGCCGCGGCGGCCGAGGGACAUGGAGCGCGAGCUGGAGGCGCUGGAGACGCGGCCCGCGAGCCCGGCCGAGCCGCCCUUCCAGGCGCUGGUGGAGGCGGCUGGGGGCCGCGGGCAGGUGCUGCUGGUGGGCGAGCUGUGGGAGCGCGAGCAGAGCCGCGCGCUGCUGCGGGACUUCGCCACGGCCGUGUUCCCACCCGAGCCAGCCGCGGGCAAGCCGGGCGGCGCGGCGGCGGAGAGCGCCGGGCCCGGGGCGGCGUGCAGGGCGCAGAGGGCGCUGGGCACGGCGGCGCGCGCCAUCCGCUCCCCGCUGGUCUUCGUGCUUUGCCGCGCGUCGUCUCUGGCCGCCAGGGAGCCGCGGCGCCGCCUGCGGGAGAUGCUGCGGGACGUGCGCGGCCGGAGGCGGGCCGGCGCGGCGCUGGUCGGGGUGCUGGUGGCCGAGGCGGGGCCGGAGGACGCGGUGGCGCCCGGGCUCCGGCUGCUGGAGGCGCUGCUGCGCACAGUGUUCGGCCGCCAGGCUGGUGGCCCGGUGCAGGCAGCCGCCUACUGUCCCAGCCACCCGGAAUCCAGCCUGGCUGUCCAAGCGGCCGCCUGCAGAGCCCUGCAAGCCGCGGGGCCCGGGCGACCAGAAGGAACUUGGGAGAGAUCUGGCCUCCCAGGACUGCUGGCCUGUUUUACUUGGGGUCCUUGGAGCCAGAGGAAGGACCAAGAUGCCACCUCCUCCAGAUGCCCAGCUCAGGAGAACUUCCAAGACUCACAGGAGGAGCUGGCACUCACAACCAUAUUUCCCAACGGAGACUGUGAAGACCGUGGAAGUGGACCCAAAGCCUGUGAUGGAGUCGUUCACAUGCCCCCUGAGCCCACUGGAGAAACCAGAUGAAGGCUGGACCCUCAGACUGUCCCUGGCUCUGACCCACACCCUGAGGCCUGACCCUUCUCACUGAGCCCCCAAGCUGACCUUGUCUGGUGGUGAUUGUGAAAACCCCUCUUUUAGGGGCUGUCACAUUCCCUAUUGCCAGUUCGGGAGCAGGACUUGCUAAGACAGGCAGGGCCUAGGAAAACUGUCCCUUGGGACCGGCUCUCCACUUGCCAUUUGCUACUGUGAUCAUAGUAAGGUUAUUUUAGCUCUCUGUACCUCAGUUUCUCUAAGCCAAGGAGACCGGUAGCUCUCUACUUUGAGGCUCUGCAGAACUGUGGCACCCCAGGGUGUGUGCAGCACUCUGGACACAUGCAGGAGAGUGCAGCUGGAAGGAACUCUGGGCCAGAUAUCAUCAGAUCUGGGCUGUGACUUGGGGUGUGUCAUUCCAUCUCUGGGACUUCUGUUUUCAAAUGCAUGAGGGGCUGCCAACCCACUGGCUUUUCAGCCAGGGGCUGGGCUGCCCUUCCAGGCAGCAUUGGAAACCUGUGUGUUGGGGUGGGUCACUGACUGUGGGGCACCCCUGGCAUUUAGUGGGAAUCCUGCAAUGUACAGGGUGGUCUCCAACAGCAAAGAAUUGGUUCACUCAAUAUUGUGACACCUUUGAGACACUGGAAGAACCAGUCCCUUUUUCCUGUCAAAUUCUGGGAAGAGUCCCCCCAGAGAGUGUCAGGCUUCUUGGGACCUUGGCUCUUAGAACAAGCCAAAAUAAAGACCACAUUGUUGCCCCGGGGGCCUGUCAGGCCAGAGCCAAGAUGGUCCCUGUGUUGCAGGGCCAGGACAGAAAUAGCCCUGCAUGCCGGUGAGAAGAAAGGGCUGCUCUCUUUCUCAUGUUGAUAUUGACUUUCUGUGCCAAGUCCUUGGAGGGUAAGAAUGCUGGGAGCUGCCCACAGCACCACCCAGAGGAAGGCAGGGGGCAGGGGAUGCUCGGGUCAGCUCUAGGUCUCAGUUCCUAUCCCAAGGUCAAAGCAGACUCAGCCCUGUACCUCAGUUUCUCUAAGCCAAGGAGACGGGUAGCUCUCUACUUUGAGGCUCUGCAGAACUGUGGCACCCCAGGGUGAGUGCAGCCUUUCCUCUAAGUGGCCUGAGUCAGACAGGGCGAUGAUGUUCCCUGCAGAGCCGGCAAGGCCUGUGUUCACCCACAGGCUGCUCAGCAUCCCUCUCUUGUCGACUUUGAGCCCUGGAGAAAUCCGGUCUUCAGACUCAAGCGGGAGGGCAGCUCCUGAUUUCCCCGGUGGGAACCCCCCACCCCUCAGGGAAGUGGCCACGCCCAUUCAUUCCUGCUAUCGAUUCGUUCAGCAGACACAGUCGUGCCCACUCUUUAGCUCGCGGCCUUCCAGUUGUUAUUUCAGCUUUCUCUGUGAUGUUGCCAAAUUGUAGAACGGAAGCCUCUAGCCGAGGGGCUCUGUGAUGUUAAGGAAGGGCCCUCUCUAUUCUGUGCCUCAAUUUCUUUUCCAUAACAGGGAGCCAGGUCCUACCCCUCCCUGGCCUCGCAGGGAUGGUGUGAGGUCCCACGAGACAACAUCUUCCUUGGGCCUGGGUGGCAGUGACAUUUUUUAAUAAUGCAGGGUUGUCUCCCCAGUAGAUAGAUCCAGCUGGCAUCUUUACAUAGCAGGAAUUCAAGAAAUUUUGAUUCAUUGGUUUUACUUUUAACUGGGGAGACUGGUAUAUUCGAAGCUGCUAUAUUUUUCUAUUUCCUCAUUGAUCUCUUUAUAAUAAUUUUGGUUGGAAUUUUAUCUGGUGGUGGGGAGGGGGCUUGUUAUUAGUUAGGAAUUUGUCUAAGGCAGAAGUUAUAGGGUUUAAAAAUCUUUUGUAUUUGUUGCCAAUGUUUGAGACUUGGCACAUUAAAAAAAAUCUAGUUUUCUGGGUGGAUGUGGGGCAUGUUUUCAUUUCCUUCUCCACUUAGAUGCCCUCUCCUACCUUCCCACCCACCCCAUCCCCCACUGCACUUCCUUCACAUGACACCUGCCUGGUGCUGGCUCAGGUGAGCAUUUGAGUUUGCAGUCUAUGGUUUAAGCGGUGUUUUAUACAUUAUUUUUUCAUUACUUUCAGGAUUUCUUGUGAAUAGUUAAGAAAAAAGUCUUUGUUUCCUGGGAUUUGGGUGCUUACUCUCAACUGGUAAAACAGAGCUGAGAUGGAUCUCUGUUUCCUUGAGACAUGGCUGUGAUGUGUACCAUCCUUGAAGGGACAGUCUCAGUGCUGUUUCCUAGCAGACAGAUUAGUUGGGUGCUACCAGGGAUGAUCUUGGUGAUGGGUCUCUUCCCUGAAGGACUUUAGAAGGCAUGAAGUUUAGUGGGCCUGUGGGAAGCCAGAGACCUUGAAUUAGAUCAGUGGUUCCCUGGAGCCAUGGGUGAGGGUCUACUAGCCAGCCCAGCGUCUGGGUUUUCUGGUACUAAUCUCUAAUGUGGCAAUAGUUUGCCGCUUCUGACUUGAAUGGAUAAUUCCUUUUAUCUAAUAAAACCAAACAGUACCCCACUGGUGUCUAAUCAAAA